AUGGCCAACCCGUCGCAGUGCCUGGAGGAGGGCGGCGGGCGCUGGCCGCCGCGGCCGCCCGGGCCGUACAGCGAGGCGCAGCGGCUGGCGCUGGAGGAGCUGGUGGCGGGCGGCCCCGAGGCGCUGCGGGCCUUCCUGCGGCGGGAGCGGCUGCCGCCCUUCCUCUCGGAGCCCGAGGUGCAGGCCAUCGCGCGGGGCGCGCUGCCGCCCGCCGCGGGCCCGGAGCCGGCGGGCGAGGCCUCGCUCGGCGCCUCCCUCGACGCCUCCUCGCUCACCUACUUCCCCGAGCGCUCGGACCUGGAGCCGCCGGCGCUGGAGCUGGGCUGGCCGGGCUUCGCCAGCGGCGCCUUCCGCGGGCUGACGCGGGUGGAGGCCCACUUCCAGCCCGGCUGCGGGGAGACCAUCUACGGCUGCAAGGAGGCGGUGCGGCGCCAGAUCCGCUCCGCGCGGCAGGUGAUUGCCCUUGUGAUGGAUUGCUUCACAGAUAUUGAUAUCUUUGGUGACCUUCAGGAUGCAUAUAACAAUCGCAGAGUCCCUGUCUAUAUCCUCCUUGACCAGGACUUUCUACCCCAUUUCUUGGAAAUGUGCAAGAACUUAGGAGUUUGUCCAGAGCAGGAAAGUAUGAUGAGAGUUCGAACUCUCACUGGGAACACAUACUACAUGAGGUCGGGUGCCAAAAUUGUUGGGAAAGUCCAUGAGAAGUUCAUGUUAAUUGAUGGCAUUAGAGUGACAACAGGCUCCUACAGUUUCACGUGGUCCGACGGGAAGCUGAACAGCAGUAACUUGCUGCUAUUGUCAGGUCAAGUGGUUGAACAGUUUGACCUCCAGUUCAGGAUUCUUUAUGCCCAGUCGAUGCCCAUCAGCCCGAAGUGGCCACCCAGCUGCAGGAACAGCGGGAUAUUUGAUCACCUGGCAAGCAGAAUAGAGUCCCCUAAAGAAUAUACUGUGGAAGGCAACUUGAGAGCAGAAUUUGCCAGAUUGUCUAGUACUCCAAAGAAAUUGUUGAAAGAACUAGAUCAGGCUGAGGAUUCUCCUGCAGGAAAGCUUUGUAACCUGGGGCAUUCUUUCCUCUGUGAAGAGGAGUGGCUCCGCGAUCAAGAGGCCAUAGUGGAACGGAAAAGUGCAUCGACUCAAACUGGCCCAUGGGAUGAGAAGGCUGUAGUGACCGUGUGUAAUGCUGCCACACAGACCAGUGCUGGAACGGCAGAAACUGGCACUCAGACUUCUGUCGCUGCUAGAAUGACGGGCACUCAGACUUCAGUUUUGCUGAAGACUGCAGUGACGCAGACAAGGGAAGGUGAGUACACAGAAACACCCCUGCUCCACAGAAAGUUGUCAAAAGAAGGACCUCCUCUGCUUGGAAAGGCUGUAUCAAGUUCUAGUCUGCGAUCACUGUCUUCAUCAUCGUCCCAGUGCUCCCUUAGCUCUACCGGCUCACUGUCUUCUCUCCGGUCCUUUGAAUAUUCCACCCGUCACAGGGCAGAAUAUUUCCAAAAACUGCAUAAAGAGAGGCAAUUCCACUACUCCACUAUCAGGUCGAAGCUUAGCCACAUGGUGGAUAUCCUGUCCCGCAGGGGACGCGUGCCUGAAAACUACAUGACCCAAUACACCGGACGAUGCAACCUAAAACAGAGGCGUGACAUCAGUGCCAGCCUGCGCAGCCUCCGGGACGUGUCGCUCUUUUCCCUGAAUAAAUGAUGACUGCACUGAACACAGAGCACAAAAGCUCCGGUCUCAAACUGCAAUCACUUUCUACCUGCCGAUUUUUUUUUUUUUUUUUUUCACUUCCUCCCAGCACUUUUACUUUUUUAAUACAUGUGUACAUCACUCUCCAGCACUUUGUUUUGUACUAUGGAAUUUAAGAAAUAAAAAAGGAGGGCUUUACUUAUACUGUAACUACUCGCAUAUUCUUCAUAUAUGUGUUAGUGGUGAAGGUUCAUUUUAAUUCUGGAUGUUUAACCUGAAACGUGAACUUGGUACUGCUUUCUAGGAUUGCUAAUGCUCUGGCUUUAAUUUAUGUAACCUUGGAAAAAUCUGAGUUAGACUGAUCUUGCUCAGAGUGGC